GAAAUCAAAAAAAUAGUAAAUAAUAAUAAUAAUAAUAAUAGUCGAAAAAAAGUUAUAGUAUAAAGUUUAAAUUCAAAAAGUUUUUGAUUAUUUGUUUAAAAGAAAAUGUGAAAUUAUCUAAGAAGAAUUAGUGAGGAAGCAAAAGCCAAAGUUUGUAUAUUAAAGUGACCAGCAAAUAAUACAAAAUCUUUAAAAGCGUUUUGAUUUAAAGACAUAAGACCAUAACAACUAUAAGUUUUUGUUCGAAGACCAUAACUAACGUAUGGGAAAAUACAAUGAUGAAUUGUUCUCAAAAUUCUCAACAAAACGAAAAAUGGUUUAAAAAAAGAAAAUACACGACUAUUGCAUUCGCAAUUCAAAGUUUGAUUUUAGGCAUGGAGUACAGUGUAAUUCUUUCAACUCUAUGGUUGUAUAUAAAAGAACUAGUAGAUACCGAAUCACCAAAAUUAUUUUACACAUUAGUAUCUUUUAUAUAUAUAGUGUCAUAUACCAUAAGUACUCCAAUUAUUGGGAUUAUAAUUGAUCGCACUCGUCAGGUUAAAGUUUGGUUUUUCAUUUGCAACUCCUUUUUAGUUGUCGGAAAUUUAUUAUACAGCCUUCAAUUUUCUCCUUGGUUUUUAGUCGCUGGCAGAUUUAUAUCUGGUUGCUGCGGUUUAUAUUCUGUUAUGAUUGCCGAGAUCAUUAGAAGUUAUCCAUCUAGUAAAACAAGUUUUCAGUUAUCAAUCCAAUCCCUAGCUUUUUACCUUGGAUUUAUAAUAGGACCUUGUAUUAACUUUUUGUUUUUAAAAAUUGACUUUUAUAUUGGAUGUUGGCAUUUAAAAAAUGUCAAUUUUAUUGGAAUAUUUAUGAGCUUAGUUUGUUUAAUCAUGUGUUUAAUUUCUUUUUUAAUGGUUUACGAUUUAUCAAAAGAAUUUGACUUAAAAGAAGAAGAAAAAAAAACUGAAAGUUUCGAAGUUACUCAUAGCAAACUAUUCGGAGAGUCUCCCGCACCUUUAAUAAGAAGUGAAUCGAUCUCCAAUAUAAACGAAAAAUCUAAUGAAAGCUUAUCACAAUUUAAUUUUAUAAAAUCAAAAAAGCUUCGUAAUGAAGCAGCUUGUUCAUUAUCUAACUUAAGUAUUUUUAAGAUUUUGAAACUGCUGUUUACAUCCUUUGAUACUUCGUUGUUGUUGUUUAGCACAUUUAUUUCACUGCUUUUCCUCGUCACUUUCGAAAUGUGGUUGCCGUUGUUUGUUAUAGAGACUUUACAAUUGUCUCAUUUAGAAUUAAAUACUUGCAUUUUUGGUUCAGGAAUAAGUUCCGUUUUUAUUUUAUUAUUUUAUAUUUGCAAACCUUUGUCAGAAAAGAAUAUGUUUAUUGUGGUUUUGAUUGGACUAUUUGGUCUUUGCAUAAUUAACGUGAGUUACAUUGUUUUGAAAUACUUUAAUUCCAAACCAUUAGAACGAAUUCUUGGUAUCGCGUACAUGAUUAAUUUUGCUGUAGCUUGUAUAAUACCAGAGGUUUUUAUUACAAACACAUUAGCUAGAUUUGUUAAUUCAAAAAACCAAGCUUUUGUGGAUGGCAUUCGAAAUUCAAUGUUUUCGGCAGGAACACUAACAGCAUUUUCAAGUGCUGCGUUUACAUUUGAAUACUUAAGUUUGUUUUCAUCUACAUUUAUUGUAUUAACAUUAUUAUUAAUGGUUUUGUUGAUGGCGAGAAGAAAGCAUUUACUUAAUCCAAUACCAAUAUUUUAGCAUUGGUUAGUUUUUCACGAAUUUUUUUGUUUUUUUAAAAUUUUUAAGAA